CAUCUUCUUACUGUCAUUGUAUCCGUUGUCGUUUUUUCAUUUCAAGUUCUUCAGCAUAUGUUGUGAACAUGGCGAGCAGUAGCCCCGGAUCGGAUUGGAGUUCGAUUUUGCAAAAACGAUGCCUGGCACGAAGAGCCGAAAACGAAACACAAAGUAAUCUUCUUGAAGUUGCAAAAUGCGUUGAGAAAACUGAAAGCAGUUUCUCAGCUAAUGAUGAAAAUGAUUUCAACCCUACAUUAAGCAUCUUGCUGGCAGAUUUCUUUGUUCGAAAUGCCUCUCAAAGGAACCUUACCUUUGGAGGAAUCAUAUCCAACAGCUGCAAGAUCAUCAUGCCCAGCUUAUUAGGAGCUUUGAAGAAAGCUUCAAAUGACUUGUUGGCACAAAAUCCUAUCUCGCAAGCUGUUCAGCCUAGUCAUAUUCUUCUUGCAUUGAAAGCCCUGAGCACUGGAGCUUUGGAGAUGAAUGACACAGAUUUUGAAUUACUUGAAGGCUACCUGAAAGAUCUGGAAAAAUCAAAAGACACAGACUCAUUGGUUCCUGAAACUUCAAAGAAGAACAGACCAGAUUUGAAUGCUGCUUUGCUGGAUCAGUUUGUAUCAGUGAUUCCAGGUGCCAUGUUUGAGAAAGCUAUGACCCAGCUCAUGAGCGAAGGAGAAGCGGCAACUUUCACUAGAAAAGAUAACACCACGCAAAAUUUGUCGACAGUGUGUAGUCAAAACAUCGCCAACCUAUGCAGCCUAGACGUUGCCGACACCAUCGUAAAUUUUUGUCAAUCGCUGCCCAAUGUAGCAAGUUUUAUCGACAAAUGGAACGGAGCAAUGGAAGGGUUAGGACUAGGGCUACCUUCGUCAUUAAGUGAAGCCCAACUGAUAAAGCAAAAUAUUACUCACCUAAAAGAAGACAUGCUUCUUGCGAAGAAAGCUCUAAAUUUACCGCUACUUGAACCACUCACGAAAGAACGUUUACGGCUUCUGACGCAAAUUGGAAUGGGCUGUCUAUUGGCUGCCAUUUCCGUUGCGACGUCUCACAGUAUCUUUGCGGCUGCUAGUUCGGUCCCCGCCAAAUCGUUGGGAAGCAGCAAUCCAAACAUGGCUUCUUCUAAACAGUCAGCAAGUCCUAAUGCGGCUACAGCCGUCUGUAACCGGGAAGAAGAAUGGGAAAGCAAUGCAGUAACCGUUGUCGAAACAGCGGUUGAGAUAUAUCAAAUUUUGGCGUCUCUCGUCCAGAAAUCACCUCGCAGCAGCCGGGUGUACUAUGAUAAUUUUCUGUACAUAGCCGCUUGGCUUUUACUGUCUGGAUUACAGGGUCAAAUGACCAACACUAGUCAGGCGGGAUCAGAAAAGGGAAAUAAAGAAGAUAAAGGCAAGUCCCCGAGUAAACACAAGGAUGGCUCGAGGAUUAAUUUGACCAAAAUCCAGCAAGGUUAUGGUGGCUUGUCGGUAGUCUUGGCUUCGCAGGCGCUUGCCACCCUGGAAAAAUUAUUGGAACCUAAUGGUAUACUGAACGCAGAGGAAAAUCAGGUUAUGCCUGGAACCUUGGUGGGUUUUGAUGUCACCGAAGACUAUAGCCAUAGCCAACGAAUUUCUCGCUUUCUAUCGGAUUUGCCCGUGACACAAUUGCUAUUCCACAUCGCCACGGUCAGUUACCGGAAAUCGUGCAACCUGAAGCGAAUCCAGAAGAAUGGUGACGGGGAAACAGUUUCAUUAUCAGAUUCGGCUACCUAUUACGACGACGACGAUUUCAGCUGCUCUGAGGAAAGCAGUGCCGCGGAGGAGGAAGAAGAAGACGACGAUAGCGAACCUAUUCUUGGUCACUGGUUCGAAGAGACAAUAACUCCACCAGAGCCUAAAGGGGGCAAGAACAAAGGUGGACCUCACGAUUCAGAGGAUGCACGAAACGCUUCCAAGUCUUGUCAACGCAAUCUCGAUAUCUCGCUUUCCGUUCCUGACAAGGGCGAACCGCAUGGAUACAUCGUGUUAGCUACGCAAAUCUUUGCCUUUAUGAACGACCACAUGCUCUGUUCACCCCGUCUGAGGCAGUAUACAACCAGCAGUUUGUCUGAACACCAGCUGAUCCUCUUGGCCGCUAUUCUCAAGGAUCUAGAUCGUGAAACGGCGCGAACGGAGACGGGAACGAUUGCCGUAUUUUUCGGACAAACUCUUGGCCAGCUGUUCAGCCGUUUUUCGCAGUCUCUAGCCCGAUAUACGCAUAACUUGUUGGCUUAUGAACUCAUGAGUCCGUCGUUACAAAUUGCGCUGCUCAGUCAUCUGAAUAUCAACCCGUGGUCCGAAGAAGAGGACUGGCCACUGCUAGUUCAUCCUAGAAGCUUGGCUGUUUUGGCUCAGGUGCUUCUCUCUAAACACCGCAAAGAUAGCAAAGAAGAGGCACGUCAAACCAGUGAAGCCGCGUGUCUCUCUAUUUGGAAGCGUCUCCUGGAAACGAUGAUAAAAUACAUCGAAGAUCCACAUGUUGCUGGCGAUCGAGAUAAGGAGGCCGAAGACCUCAACGUCGAGCACGCUCAGCUCCUCCUCUUCCUUUUCCAUUCAUUGCAGCUAAUGCAAAAGAAGGCCAUCUUACUUCUUUGUGCCCAAACGUUGAUCCGUGCUGCCCAGGCCGCCUUCAGUAUAAUUCCUUUGCAUGAUACACAGCUGAUGCUACUGGCUCGCAUCCUUCUUCUUCUCGAAUAUCUUAUCAAAAAUCUGUACGACGCCCCAGUGGCCAUGCUAGAACAGAUACAAUGGAAUUUACUCAGCUCGGCCGGCCUUUCGAGUACCGGCAGAGCUGACGACGCACAACAGCCCAGCAGAAUGUACAACUGCUGUCGGGAAUUGGAAGACUGUUACCGCAAAUACGGCUCGGAAGAUGAGGGAUGCUGCAUUCGCCCCCGGUUUUACUUGCUCAGUAAUAUUGACAGCAAUAAUCAAGAUCUUCCGAAAUUAGAUGGCCUGGCUUGCAGUUUCAUGCUGGCCCCUUCGGACUCGUUUAAAUAUUCAGCAUUGUACGGCGCCAUCUUGAACGUCUUGCACGUCGUUCACCAGUGCGAAUUUCAUAGCGUCCGUAAAGACAAGCGAGACUACAGCGCUCUGUGUGCCGUCCAGUAUUGCUUCAAUGCCGGUUGGAGGCUCGUUCAGUGCCUACCGCCUUCCGUUCCAGUAAUGGAGGGUUUGUCUACCGCCGGAGUGGAAUUGGAGCCUUCCGCUCUGCUCCACGCCCUGUUGUGGGGGCCACGGUCGGCCCACAAAGUCUACAACGCGUGGAUAACAGAUUGCUUGGUCAAGCAAGGCCUUACAACACAGAAAGCCAUUUUCGUUGUCAAAGCGGCAGCCAAGCAUGCCAACAGCACGGCGUUUUUGGUUAAAGUGGCCAAGCAACUGGGGCAAGGCAUGCGCCAAUCGUCGCGCUUGAAAGACAUUGCAGCCGUCCCCAAUCUGUGGGAUGUCCUCGUGAUGGAUAUGGUAAUUGCCAGGUUACGGCUUCUGUACGACGAGUGCGCCAACAAGGAUAAUGGUGAUGAAUCGUACCGCGUCUUGGACAGUCCAACGGAGAAAUUACCCAAAACGUCGAAAAUAUCCAAAGAAAUCUUCAUGGAACUCUGCGACUUGGUGGAUUCGGUUGCCAGUCUUUCACGGCGCUGCGUUUUGCAUGAUGCCCUAGGCAACAGCACAGAUACUCCGACGCUGGAGGGUUCCAGUGAAGCUGAAGCGCUUCAACACCUGCUGGCCAUAUCUUCAACGCGAGGCUGUAAACUGGCAAACAUCACACCCGCCUUGGCUCUGUGUCUCCCGCCAUUCUUGCGAGCUGCGCUAGAUCGCUGGAACAGCAGCAAUUCCGACUUCCCAGCCUUCUUCUCUUGGCGUUCCGGUCAAUCGGGCGAUCUUAUUCCUUCCGAGUCGUAUCUCAACGGCAUUCUGGGCGCCCAUCUACAGCUUUUGUCAUCACAGCCCGUCUUCAGCCCGGCCUCAUCUUUACGCCAUUUGUUGAACGCCGCCGUUCGACUGGCCAAUGAUUUGGUUGUUUGGUAUCCCAACUCUGAGGAGGCGGAAAAGGAAUUGGUCGGAGUCUUCUUCCCCAUCGCGCUGGAUGCGUGUUUCGAGAAUUUGGUUGAUCUCGUUCAGCUCGUCAUGGAACGCCUGGGGGUGGGGGCAGCCGACAGCGACCGUUACCAAGACAUUGCCUCGUACAUCGUUAUCAGCCAUUGCCACUCGUUGGUUACAGCCUCCGGAGCCCCUAUUCGAUGUUUGGAAGAGAAAGCCUUGGAGGAGUGUAUUCGAUUCUUGGAAUCGUGCGUUGAAGAUCCGCUUACACGCCAUCCUCUUUCGCGAUUCUACACGUUCGAAGAAGAAGUUCACUCGCUAUGGGACAUUGUUUUCUCAACAACAACGCCUGAAUUAUCCCCAACUUACAGGAAAUCGGUCUAUAGCUUCAUCAACAAGCUGCUGAAGUCGUCCGAUAGCAACGACACGGAUUUAGAUAAUCUCUGUUUGACUCUAUUGAACUUGGAGAAGAUCGACGAAGAUCGUUUGGAAGCUUGGAUCGAACUUGCCAUUUUACGCCAUCUAGCCGGCCAGGAUGAUGAGGAAAGCCAGCAGCAACCAGCGGGCAGUAGUACGCCCGUAGUUGUAAGAUCUGAUGCGGCGGAUGAAGAGAAAAAUGCGGCUGUUGCAGGAGGCUCUGGUGGGAAAACUAGCCCGCAGGAUGGAAUUUCCCUGUUGCAGAGUUUGACGCAAUUCGCAUUCCGGAAAGGUGAAGCGGAGAAUUUUGCCCGGACGCUUCUCAAGCUGCUGUUGAAACACCUGUCGCCGAGUAGUCCAGGAAAUGUCACGCCCGAUCUGGUGCUCAUCAUGGUCAAAUUGGCUGCCGUCGGCCAAGGUUCGGGUCAUCGCGACUUGUUUUUGGCCGCGCUGGAUUGGUUACUCAGAUAUCAGCAAAUCAUGCCCACCGAAUCGUGGACGGCCCUUAACCAGGAAGAUUUGAGUUCUCCAUGCCCACCCGAACUGGCUUCGUUCUGCUGUCUACUUCAGUACACGACGGACGUGCUCUACGCACUACGAGUGCUGAGCACUAGCAGUGCCAGCGGUGUAGGUGCCGCCAACGAGCACGCAACUGCCGAAACAGCUGCCACUGGAUUGCUUGAAUCCAUCGAAGGUAACCCCCUCACAGCAGACGUAGAAGAUUGGGUGGAUGAAUUAGGUCUUGGAGAUGAUGUUGAAAGUGAUGGCGAUGAAUCGGAUGAGGAUCUCCUUUGUAACCAAUUAUGUACCUUCGUCAUAACGCAAAAGGAAUUUAUGAAUCAACAUUGGUAUCAUUGCCAUACCUGCCGCAUGGUGGACGGUGUCGGCGUUUGCUCCGUGUGUGCCAAAGUUUGUCAUCGCGAUCACGAUGUGACGUACGCGAAAUUCGGCAGCUUCUUUUGCGAUUGUGGCGCCAAGGAGGACAGUAGCUGUCAGGCAUUGGUUCGUCGACCUCCCCAGCCGGAAGAAGAUAAUCCAUUGCGCUCACGAGACAGCGCUUCAGCCCGACGUCUGCCCCAUACCACAGUCGAUCAAGCCCUACUCCAGCAAUUGGGUUUUGGAGGAACAGCAGCCAUGGCUUACGUUCCGUAUCGUGGCGAUUUAGACGGCCCUGAUGCUAGGUUUGGUGAUUUGAUUGCAAGUGACGAACUCUCCGAACGACGUCGAAACCUGACGAAACAGCUGGAGCCUUACGUCAACGAGCUGUUGCAAGUGACUGUGUCGUGCGAACUGCCGGCUGCCAUCGUUGACAUUCUCAACUCAUUGUUGCCGUCGGUCGAACGGGCUAGCAAACGCCUUUCGCCCGUCGGGAGCCUACAGCGUGCACGUCGCACACUCCAUCAACUCCACCACGAGCCCAAAAGUAUCGUGGCCUCUGAAUCCCUCAUGAUCCCGACUUUGGGUUCACAAGAGGGCGCCUUCGAGAACGUCCGGAUGAGUUUCACGGGAGAUCAGGGUCAGACUAUCCGCCAAUUGCUCUCUGCCCACGUCCUCCGCAGGGUUUCAAUGUGCUGCCUAUCUUCGUUGUAUGGACGUAGACAACAUCUAGCGAUGAGCCAUGAGAAAGGCAAAGUGACAGUGUUGCAAUUGAGCUCCCUGUUGAAACAAGCGGAUGCUUCGAAAAAGAAGUUGACGCUGACGCGGCUCAGCUCGGCUCCUGUUCCAUUUACCGUAUUGAGCAUGGCGAGUAAUCCGGCCAACGAGGACGUGCUGGCCGUUUGCGGCCUGAAGGAGGUUCAUGUGAUGACUCUGACGUCAGGUGGCUCUGUCCAAGACCACCUAGUGCUGCACCCUCAGUUGGAGACGGGGAAUUUCAUAAUCAAAGCCGUUUGGUUGCCCGGCCAUCCAACCCAGCUGGCGGUGAUCACUGCCGAUUUCGUCAAGAUUUAUGACUUGUCUGUGGAUGUCCUAAGCCCGCAGUACUUUUUCCUGCUGCCAAGUGGCAAAGUCCGCGAUUGCUCCUUCUGGUUCCGUCAGGAUGGAGCGCAGUUUACGUUUUUCAUCUCCUCGUCCGGCUACAUUUAUUGGAAGCCCCUCAAUGAAGAGAGCUCUGCCCGUCACGGACCUUUCUACGUAACCAAUAUACUGGACGUGACCCAUCCGGAAGUGAAGGAGAGCAACGGCCAGACUGGAGGAGGAGGUGUCUCCGUCUACUACUCCCACUGUCUCCAACUCCUCUGCUUCAGCUAUGCACAAGGCAAAACAUUUAUGGCCUCGGUGUCGGAAGACAGUCGCAACGAACUGCAACUGGGCCCACUCCAUUCCGUCCACAUCCCGGCCAAAAGCAGCAGCGCCACCGCAACCGGAGGAAGCUCCCUCAAACUGGGAACUCCAUCGACGGGUUCGAGCGCGGCUUCGCAGACCCCUGGAUCGCACCAGCCACUUUGCCAGUGGACUGAAGUGCAAGGCCAUCCGGGAUUGUUGUUGACGUUGAGGCAAAGCUCCUACACGCCCGUCGUCAUUAUGGUGGAGCCGCAACGAAUCCUUGUGGAAGAAAUCAAGGUGGUAUCGGCCAAAGUGAAGGUGACUGAUCUGGUCGCCGUCCGCCACAUGGUCAACACCGGACAAGACAAAACCGAACAGCGUACAACACUCAUCCUACUUUGCGACGAUGGAUCGUUGAGGAUCUUUAUGGCGUCGCCGGAAAUGACCAACUUUUGGUUGACGCCCACACUGCAACCGCCCAUCCUUUCCUCCACGCAGCCGAAGAUGGUUCGCAAAGAGAGCGUCAAUGGAACGAAAGGAGGUUCCGGCUCUGCCACACCGACAUUUCCGACGGAUUUCUUUGAGAGUUGCACCACCAUGAAUGAUGUCGAGUACGGCGGCAACGAUCUGUUGCACGUGUACAACUCGGCCCAGUUGAAACACAGGCUCAACACGAGUGGCCUCUACAUCGCCUGCACGAAACAGGCGGGCUUCUCCGUCGAGAUCACCAAUCCCGAUACGUCCAACGUCAUCGUAGGCGUUCGCAUUCUCGUCGGCUCGCAAGACGUUCAACGAGCUCCUACCUGCGUCGAGAUCUUUGGACGUAACAUUCCGUUCGUUUUGCAGCGCCAUCGCUGGUAUGACAUACCUUUAACGAAAGAAGAAAGCCUCCAGGCGGAUAAGAAACUCGUCCUCGCUUUCGGGUCUUCCAGCGAUCCGCUAGGUGUCACCAUGAUCGAUUCGAUUAAAGUUUACGGGAAGACGAAGGAAGUCUUUGGCUGGCCGGAAGACGCCGAAGAUCAGAUGGCUGGAGCGAGCGGCAGUAAUGGAGCCCUCAAUUUGCCACCAACGCAAGGCCACCAGCUGCAGAGCCCUACCAUGCAAUCGAGUGGCUCCUGCAAUAAAUUGGCAAUGCAAAGCCCCGCCCAGUUAAUGCUGGAUCAGUUAGUCGGAGGAGCUGUAGCUCUUCUUGAAGGUGCUCUGUCAUUGCCCGUAAGCAGCGUCACUCCUACUUGUUCGCCCGCCACUAAAGAGCACGUCCUCCGUCUGUCGACGCAAAUAUUGACGAUGACCUGGGGCGCCGGAAGUUGCGUUCCUGGCGUCGUCAAGCAAUUGCUGGCCGAUGUUCAUCCGACCAGAGCCGCCUAUCACGACUACAAGGAUCGCAUACUGUUAACGGCUGUCGUCAACGAUCUCAAAGCUAUUAUGGACGAAACAUCUCCCAUCCAUCUGGAUCCGGAGGCGUUCUACAAUGUGUUGACCAUCACGAAAUCAGUGGCCACUAGCCAGCCGCAAAACUUGAUUCAAUUUACCAAUGACAAUUUCCUCGGCGAUUUGCUGUCUGUUGGACGGCGAUUACAUCACGAACGCGCGCUCAAUCCACUGCUGAGUCCCGUUGGACAACUCGGCGUGGCUCAGAUUGAUUUCUGCGUUCAAUCCAUCGUUGACAUCCUCUUCUCGGUUGCUUUAACGGAACCGCAUCGAUGGAUGGCACCUGUCAUGGAUCACUAUAUUAGUCUGCUGCUUUGCGAUGAUGCGGGUGUCAGUCACGCAGCUAAAGCCGCACUCCAGCGUACCAUGAAAACGGGCUGCAAUGGCAAAUCGAUACCUGCGGCAGCUCAACCUGGCCGCCAAGCCGCGCACAGCGAUGAAGAUGAUAUUAUGCAGCUGGCCAUUGCCAUGAGUCUGGAAGGUGCCAGUGGUGCCACCUCUGCUCCGGAAUCGAAUGACGACGAAGUGCGGGAAAUGUCCAGCUUGUCUGCUGAGUGCUUCCGUCAAUUACGAUUGGCUCUACUGAAGAGAAUCACCGACGACCUUCCGGAAUUGAAGAAGAAGGGCGGCGUCAAGUCCAUUCAUUUCCUGCAAGUUUUGCUCAUCUUGGUGUCUGAAUUGAGGCCGUCUGACCCGACAGAAAGGAACGAACUGCAUCGGACGUUGGCUAAGGCUGUUUGCGAACUAGACCUAGAAAGAGAUGCGGCCAUCGAAGUAGCCGGACAACGUACACCGCAGCACGAAGUACAGCUGUUGAUCAUGAAAUUUUUCGGCUUUCUUUUGUCGACCCAUCAUCACAAGUCCAGCAGCGGAAGCGGCAAAGCCAGUCAUUCGCAACGUCGAGGUACUUCUACGUCUUUAUCAACUGUGGCUUCUGUGGCAGCCAAAGUUCUCUUGGAUGCUGGCCUCAUGGAACGUUGCCUCGUGCUCCUGCAAGCUAUUCUGCUGCACUGGAAAGCCACUGGUGGAGAUGAAUCGCCCGUCGUAGCUGGCCUUCUCAAACACCCCGUAGUGCCCACAGCUUUCGACCUGUCGCCUUUCUUCUCCAGAACGUUGACGCAUCGCAAUACGGGAUACAUCUUCGAAGGAUUUUCCCAAUUGCUGACCGAAAUGGCUUUACGUCUGCCAUACCUUGUCAAAAAAGUAAACAGCAACGUCCAGCUGGAUCAACGCUGGGUGGAAUGCCUUUGUCAGUACGUUGCAGCACCUACCCCGUCAUCUGUCAAACGCCACGUGCGUAAAUUGUUGCUGUUUCACUGCGGUUCCAAGGAAAAAUAUCGCCAAUGUCGAGAUCUGUUGACGAUCGAGACGCAUUUCAAAGACGUCAAGAAACUAGCGUUGGAACACGGGUUCGAUGCGAUCCUAGAAGGCAAUCACGAUGGAUUGGUGUUGCCUUACGAUGAUCUCGUGAUUGUCAUGGAACACUUGAAGGUGUGCCUCGACGUGGCUGCGACGCGGACGGCCAACUGGCAGCUCUACUGCCAGCAAAAUGGAGAUACGUUGUCGUUCCUAGUCCAGCUGGUCUGUUUCAUUGACGAAGGCCUGUGCUGCACGCUGCUCCAGCUACUGCGCUACGCUUUUUGUCCAUUGAAGACGUCGGCCUCGUCGUCCGCGAAUGCCGCAGUGACCUCAGCCACCAACACCAAUCAACCGAUAGCUAAGAAAUCUUCGGAAUGCGACCUCACGGCAGAGCCGUGGGACUUGGACAGUUCGUGUACGGGCGCAGAAGGUUGCGUUUGUGGCCUCUUUGUCCAGCAAUUACAUCGAACCGUAGAGCGUCGCCUGAUAAGUCGCCUCAUCUUCCGCUUCCUGCUGGAUUGCAACGAGAGCGCUGUCCGUUGGCAUGCGCACGCCCUGGUCCACUCCUUCUGCCGACAUUCGUCCGUGGCCCAGCAGCAAGAUCUCGUCGCUCUCAUGUGGUCUUUAUGGUCAGGACUUCAACUUUACGGCCGAAAAGCCUCGCAGUUUGUCGAUCUACUCGGCUAUUUUACGAUAAAAACACCAGGGAUGGAAACUUCGCUGCCCGGCUAUGUCGAUCGAGCUGUGGCGUUACUGAAGGAAGAGAACCAGCUCAUCGUCCGCCACCCCAAUACCGUAGUGUACAACGCGCUGGCCAGUCUGGUUCAUUUGGACGGUUACUACCUGGAGAGAGAUCCAUGUUUGGCUUGCUCCACUCUCGAAGUUCCCUUCUCGGCCGUCAAAUUGACGACUCUCAAAGCGGACGUCCGUUUCACGACGUCGACACACAUUAUCAAGCUGGUCGGUAGUCAUGUUGUCAAUCGUUUUGCGCUGCGAAUUACCGACAUCAAACGGACGAAAAUGGUGCGCACCAUCAACAUCUAUUACAACAACCGGCCCGUUCAAGCGGCCGUUGAGCUCAAGAACCGACCAGGUAUCUGGCUCGAGGCUAAGAAACUGUCGCUAACACCAGGCCAGGCCGAAGUUAAAGUCGAUUUGCCGUUGCCCAUCACUUGCUGCAAUUUGAAAAUCGAAUUUGCCGCCUUUUACGAAAACUUGCGCGCCUCGUCGGAGAUGUUGCAGUGCCCGCGUUGCUCGGCUUCCGUCCCGGCCCACCCUGGAGUAUGUUCCAAUUGCGGCGAGAACGUCUACCAGUGCCACAAGUGCCGUUCCAUCAACUACGACGAAAAGGAUCCAUUUUUGUGCAAUGCUUGUGGCUUCUGCAAGUAUGCCAAGUUCGAAUUGACGUUAUCCGCCAAGCCUUGCUGUACCGUGGAGCCGGUCGAGAGCGAGGAAGAUCGGGAAAAGUCGCUACAAGCCAUCAACGGAUUCCUGGAAAAGGCCGAUCGACUACAAGGCCAAAUGGCUUACACCAGGGAAGGAUUGGAAGUAUUGAUCAGUAAGCUUGGUGAAAAUUCCGGUAUCGAUGUGUUAGCCGGAAAUGAUGUGAGCUCUGCAUCGUCGUCGGGAGCACCUGGAAAUUCAGGAGGGCCAUCUAAUGCAGCCGCAGCUAAUGGCAAUGGGUCUGUUAAUGCUGGAGGACCUGGAGCAGGACAGAUAAACAAAACAAUCCAACAGAUUUGCCACCGCUAUCAUUCAGAGUGCAAAUCAACCUUUGAAGAGUUGAGCAAAAUAGCUCAACGUGUGGCAGCCUGUCGUCGCGAUAUCGUUGCCUACGAUGCCAGCCAGAGGCAAAAAGCUGUCAGACGUUCAAGUCCCGGACAAGGGGCUGUUGGAUUCGAUGGUAGCCAAUUUGUACCGCUACCUACUGGAGCGACUUGUUGCUACGGAUGUGCCAGUGCCGCUCUGGAUCACUGUCUAACUCUCUUGCGCGCAAUGGCAACGAAGCCUCUGUUGCGACGGCUCAUGUUCGAACAGGGACUGCUUCAAGAAUUGCUUCAUUUUAACAUCGCGCAAGGUUCGGCCCAAUCGCGUGGCGAAGUCCGCGAUCUGCUCUGCUUGUUGACGCUGAAUAACGCUGACGCCGUCGAUUGCCUUAACCAGAAACUGAUGGAGAGCGUUGACGGAGUUCUGAAACGCUCCGGCCAUAGUUUGGCUUUGCUCAACUCCAUUCGACACGAAAUGGCUCUGUUCGCGGCUAGCCUUCAAUGCCAGGACACGUGCUGGGAAAAACGUCUGCGCUCGGUGGUCCAGCUAUUUUUGAAAUCAACUCAUCAUCUGCAGUCACCCGCUGUUAUGGAUGUCAUCACUCUACCUUGUCUUCGCAUUAUUCAAGAACUUAUACAAGGUACGUCUGGGACGGUGCAAAUCCAUGUUAAAGAAUCUUCAAAGGUCGGCCAUGUUGAUGUUCUCAUGGACCUGAAACGCUGGCUUCAAGGUGAUCCUCAGCAAAGUUUCGAAGCUUGGAAAUCGCGCGUUUUAUCGCGCUACGACGCGCCCGUGGCUGGAAAGAGGCCGGAGCAAGUACGACAACUACAUUUGAUGCAAAAGUACGGAGCUCGUUGGCGCGACAAGUGUCAACAGCGCCAUCAACAACAAAGACCCGUCUCUUGUCAGCUGUCCGGCUCCAACUGGCUUCAGUCCAUGUUGUUUAAUCCCAACUCGCGUCUCAGCCGCCAAACGGCUUGCGUCUUCCUCGAAGGCCUCGCCCGCGUACCUCAACGGAGACAAGAAAUUGUCAACCUACUGACGAGCUUCCUGGCCCAGUUGGGUCAAGCUGGUCCUUAUGGUGCGGAGUUUUUCGGUCUCUACAUGUCGCUGGUGCGGAAGGAACACUGGCGCUACUACCUUGUCAGUCGUGGAUUGCUACCCAAAUUGGCUGAUUGGAUCGAAGUGGAAAUCAACGGCCUGACUCGGCAGGAAAUGGCCGGGCGAUCAUCGGAGCUUUCUCAGGGCCACGCAAUGAAAUCGCUGGUCGAGCUCCUUUCCUUUUUCCUCGAAGAGACAUCUGUUCGUCAAGCGUACAAAGGCCGCCUAGUUGGUCACGUUUUGAACGGUUACUUGAACUUGCGUCGCUUGGUCCUUCAACGUACACGGCUCGUCGAGGACACACAAGAACUUCUACUGCAGCUUCUUGGAGACAUGACCACAGGAACUGAAGCCGAGACGAAGCAGUUUAUGUCUGUGUGCGUUCAAACUCUACGCCAAUGCCUCGUCGAUGACCUCGUAACGCCUGUCUUUGUAGUCGAACGUCUAUGUUCCAUCAUCCAUCCGGAAGAGAAAGACGAUGUCGAAUUCCUUAUGUCGCUUGACAAAGACCCUCAACAAGAGGAUUUCUUGCAAGGGCGAAUGCAAGGUAACCCGUACAGCAGCGCGGAGCCCGGCCUUGGUCCGUUGAUGCGGGACAUUAAAAACAAAAUCUGCCAAGACUGUGAAUUGGUUGCUCUUCUAGAAGACGAUACUGGCAUGGAACUAUUGGUGUGCAAUAAAAUUAUGAGUCUAGAUCUGCCGGUCCGAGAUGUCUAUCGCAAAGUUUUCCUUUCUGAAAAUAACGAAGCAGAGCCUAUGAGGAUCGUGUAUAGGAUGCGAGGCUUAUUAGGCGAUGCUACGGAAGAAUUUAUCGAACGGUUUGAUGAUAAACGCCAGCGCCCGGCUAAUGACGAAGAGACUUACAAACUGGCAAAUGUCAUGGGAGAAUGUGGUGGAUUGGAUGUUCUUUUGGAGCGAUUGAGCUGCGUCCGGGAUAUUCAGGGCGAAGGUCGGCCACUUCUUGGUGCCUUAGUCAAACUUCUGUCUUUCUGCACCAAAGUACAGACCAACCGCUCUCUUCUGAUCACUCCGGAACUGAAUGCCGUCCAACGUCUUCUUGGCGCUCUUAAGCUUUGCCUACAGGCUCAACAGAACAUGCCUCCAUUUACAGAGCAACUUUUGGAAGUUAUGGAAGCCAUUUUAUGUCAAGCUUCCGCACAGAGCGUUGAUCAAUAUGCCCUGUUUUCGUCGACCUUCGGUACCAAGGAAGAUUUGGACUUUUUGUUGCAGUUGUCGGCCCAAAUGGCGGGUUCCAAGACAGUCACGAGCAUUUUGACUCAUUUAACUCGUGUCAUUCCGUUCUUGACGUUCGUCAACAACACCAAGAUGGAUGUGCUUAUUGAAUAUUUCCGGCAGAGUUUAGAUUUCAACCAGUAUGACAGAGAACACAGUACCGAGCAGGCUGUUAAACUGGAAUUAUUCUGCGCCCUCACAUCGGGCAUUGAACACAAUGCUAUAGGCAAUACUCUGAAGGAUCGCUUAGUAGCUUCGAAGGUGGUCUACACUGCGCUGGAUUAUCUCCUUCAAAAUGCUCCUACCAUCCGCUCGGCCAUCGCCCGAGACAGUCCCGAAUGGAAAGAAUUCGUAGCAAAACCAUCGUUGAAGUUUGUUUUGCGCCUUCUGACUGGGUUGGCUCACAGUCACGUUACAACCCAGUUGGCGUUAGCCGUUGAUUCGAUUCCUCUCUUCCAUCAUUUGGAACAAAUUUCAUCCGAUGAACACGUUGGCUCUCUUGCUGAGAAUUUGCUAGAGGCCAUGCGUGGCCAUCCUACGGUUGCUGAACGCAUAGAAGAAGUUCGCCAACAGACGAAGCGAGAGAAAAAGCGUUUGGCUAUGGCGAUGAGGGAAAAUCAGCUGCGUGCCCUGGGAAUGAAGACCAACGCACUUGGCCAAGUUAAAGCAGAAAACCCAAUUCUACAGCAGUUGGUCGACAUGGGAUUAGGAGAGGAACCUGGCCCCGUUUGUGUCAUUUGCCGCGAAGGUUACCGAUUCCAGCCGGGGAGAGUUUUGGCCAUCUACACCUUCAGUCGCCGCUGCCAGUUGGAAGAUCUCGAGUCUCAGCUGUGGUGCGGUGCCCCAACUUCGUCGACUACUUCUUCGCCGUCCGUUAGCUCUGGACGAAGCCGCAAGACUCUCGGCUACUAUACGGUCUCCCACUUCAACGUAGUCCACGUCGAAUGUCAUUUGGCUGCCGUCCGUUUGGCCAGAGCACGUGACGAAUGGGAAUCAGCAGCGUUGCAAAACGCCAACACCCGCUGCAACGGCCUUUUACCUUUGUGGGGCCCGCAAGUUCCAGAAUCAGCUUUCGCAACUUGCCUUGCUCGCCAUAACACUUAUCUUCAAGAAUGCACUGGACACAGAGACAUUGGUUAUGUCUCCACCUGUCACGAUCUUAAGUUGCUUCUUUUACGCUUUGCCCUCGAACGCUCUUUCAGCGACGAAUCCGGCGGCGGUGGCCCGCAAUCCAACAUGCAUUUCUUACCGUAUCUUCUUCACGCAGCCCUAUAUGUUCUUAAUACGACACGCUCCUGGAGUCGCGAAGAGAAAAAUUUGAAAAGUUUUCUGGAAACUGCCCGAGGAGAAAAAUGGGUGGAGAAUCAUGUCGAAUCCGAUAGCGCAUUCUAUUACACGACUUUGGCUCUGCUUUUGCAGAGUUGCCAGCGCUGGAAUGCGAAUCGCUUAACUUACCUUGGUCGCCUUUUGGUGACGGCACACUGCCGUGCCCACCAAUCAAAAGGAAGCGACCAACGUCAUGAGAAACAGAUACUUGAUUACAGUGUUUAUAAACCUGCACUCGUCUUCUUUUCCAUCGUCAACGGAAUUUUCAACAUCGUCUUGAAGAACGUUACUGUGGGAGAAAUUGAUGCCGACUGGCCUGGAACAGUAGCCGAAUAUAUCCGUCACAACGACGAAACCGUUUUGAGGGCCACUGACAAACUACUCAAUGCCUAUCAAAAUGAUUUUCUGACUUGCGGCUCAUUUGACGAAUUUUGCGAUGUUGCUGGUUUAUUAGAGGAUAUUCCAUCUCCUGAUGAAUUCAUCCGAGGGUUACUCCAAGGCAUACCUUAACAAAGUUUACGUUACAUCUUAAGCAUCAAUAUUACUAACAUUAGUCUCGUGUAGUUUUGUUUUUGUCUUUCUUUCGCUUGAAAAAAAUGCUGUUCUGACGGGA